GCGCAGGCCUGGGUCGUUAUGAGUUCCACAGCGGCCCAGGAAGGAGCCCUGGGCUACGUCCGAGAGUUCACGCGCCACUCCUCCGAUGUGCUUGGCAAUCUGAAUGAGCUGCGCCUGCGCGGGAUCCUCACUGACGUCACGCUGCUGGUUGGCGGGCAACCCCUAAGAGCACACAAGGCAGUUCUUAUCGCCUGCAGUGGCUUCUUCUAUUCAAUUUUCCGAGGCCGAGCAGGAGUCGGAGUGGAUGUACUCUCUCUGCCUGGGGGUCCAGAAGCCAGGGGCUUUGCUCCUCUUCUGGACUUCAUGUACACUUCAAGGCUUCGCCUCUCCCCAGCCACUGCACCAGCUGUCCUUGCGGCUGCCACCUAUCUGCAGAUGGAACAUGUAGUUGAGGCAUGCCAUCGCUUCAUCCAAGCCAGCUAUGAACCUCUAGGCAUCUCCCUGCGACCCCUGGAGGCAGAACCCCCAAGGCCCCCUACAGCCCCUCCGCCAGGCAGUCCCAGGCGCUCAGAAGGACACCCAGAUCCACCUACUGAGUCUCGAAGCUGCAGUCAAGGCUCCCCCAGUCCAGCCAGCCCAGACCCCAAGGCCUGCAACUGGAAAAAGUACAAAUUUAUUGUGCUAAAUUCUCAGACUUCACAAGCUGGGAGCCUAGUUGGGGAGAGCUCUGGUCAGCCCUCCCCCCAAGCCAGGCUCCCUAGUGGAGAUGAAGCCUCCAGCAAUAGCAGCGAAGAAGGACCCACACCUGGUCUCCAGAGCAGACUAUCUCUAGCUACUACCACAGCUCGAUUCAAAUGUGGACCUCCAGCAAAUGCCCCCUACCUCUUUCCACCCCAUGCUCAAGAGACUUCUGGAUCAACUUCUAAGCAGGCUCACCCACCCCCAGGAGGUGAGUUUUUCAGCUGCCAGAACUGUGAGGCUGUGGCUGGGUGCUCAUCGGGGCUGGACCCCUUAGUUCCGGGGGAUGAGGACAAGCCCUAUAAAUGCCAGCUGUGCCGAUCUGCCUUCCGCUAUAAGGGCAACCUGGCUAGUCACCGCACGGUGCACACAGGGGAAAAGCCCUACCGUUGCUCCAUCUGCGGAGCACGUUUUAACCGACCAGCUAAUCUAAAAACGCACAGCCGCAUCCAUUCUGGAGAGAAACCAUACAAGUGUGAGACAUGCGGCUCUCGUUUUGUUCAGGUGGCACAUCUUCGCGCACACGUGCUGAUCCACACGGGAGAGAAGCCCUAUCCGUGUCCCACCUGCGGAACUCGCUUCCGCCACCUACAGACCCUCAAAAGCCACGUUCGCAUCCACACAGGGGAGAAGCCAUACCACUGCGACCCCUGCGGCCUGCAUUUUCGGCACAAGAGUCAACUAAGGCUGCACCUGCGUCAGAAACAUGGGGCUGCUACCAACACCAAAGUGCGCUACCACCUCCUUGGGAGCCCAUAGAGGCGGCAGAGUCCCCCACCCGAACCACACUUGCUCCCUGAGGGCUGUAAAAGCAGGCCCAGGCUUGGCUCCCUUGAUGGUCUUGAUAUGGGAGUGUGACGGGUGACUCUGGUAUCAGAACCUUCUGUCACCUUGUACUGGGGAGAGCAGGAGAGGCAGACCCUGGCUAGAUCUGCCUCUGUUUUGCUGGUCAAAACCUCUUCCUCACAAUCCAGACUGGGUAGCUAGGGGCUGGGGAGACACAAGGACCUUAACCUCUUCAAGGGAACUGCCCCUACCCCCCCCCAUUUCAUAUCGUUUAUCUGUAAAUAUAAUUUAUUUAGGCCUUGGGUGGCACCAGGGCCUUCGUUCUGUUUGCGUUUCUGACUCCCCUCUUCCACAAGUGUGAUCAAAAGUGACCCGAACUCAGGUGAGGGUGCUGCUCUGCUGGCAGAGCUUCUUAGCACUUGGCUCUCUCCUUUGGCUUGAGUGUCCCACAUUGUUCUUGUUGUAACUUUUCUCUCUGGAUUCCUCCCUUUCCUACUUGUUGGCUUGUUGGUUUGUCCCUUCAGUUCUAGGACUGCAACCUUUAGUUUUCCUAGGGCAAACCCUGAGAACAUGUAAGGUAGGGUGAGGAAAUCCUCUCUGGUAUUCUGGAUGGUGCAAGUCCUGGCUAGACAUGGGAAGAAAGUUUUCAGCUCUUCCUGGCUGAUGAACACAAAAUGUAGAUAAUAGAUUCCUCCCGAAGCCUGGUGAAAUGGGGACUGGAUUCCUCAUCAUUCUAAAUGGAGGUGGCUAGUCUUUCCUACAAGAAGGCAUAGCAUCUAAGCUGUUCCAUUGAUCUACCCACCUGGGUUUGAAUGUACUGUGUUCAUCUCUAAGAGAGAGCCUGCAAAGGGUCCAAGCUGAGCCUCUGUGGGGCUAAGUUAGCAUGUCCAUGAGGGGAGAACUGAAGAUCUGUACCAGAGAUUAUAGGACCUGUUCUUAGCUGUCUAGUUUCUAAGAAUGUUGUGACCUAGGGAGAAUUAAUGACAUUCCUUACCUUGAUUACAGUCUGACCCAUCCUUUACUGCACAAGCAGCUGGGUUUGAAUGUUCCUUGGGGUUUAAUAUGCCCUUUGUCUUCUAAUGUAUUUUUUGUUUUGUUUUUGGACAGCUUCUGGAAAGUGUUCAGAUUCCAAAACUUUCAACUUUCAUAGGUGCUUGGUAAUUUUCUUACCUGAGAAUCUGGGUCUGUGACUCGGUCUUCCUUCCCCAACCACAUUCCUGUCUGCAAACAGGACAUUACACGGGAAGAUAAAGGGGGCUGAGUUCCAUGCUAGAUUUGUUGUCAUUGAGGAUUAUUGUUGGAGUUACAUGCUUUAAGGCUUUAAAAGACUCGUUGCUGGUUUGGCCAAAGGCCUCUUCUAUGUGAUGGUGUAUGAGGUUAGCUGAGGGCUGCAGUUUCUGGUGUAGACCAUGUAGAUAAAAACGUUGGGGAUGGAGUUCCCUGAUCAGAUGGAGUGUCUGAAAUGUUAGAUGAUAUUUGGGAGCCUUGAUUUACAGUCCUGCUUCUUGCUGCCCUGGGGCCUGUUUGAUGAUAGGACUUGGGCAUGAAGAGUUGAAUUUGUAAGGCAUAGCUGGUGAGGAAACUUUCUUCCACUUUCCCUUUUACUCCCUUAUCACCUGAAUGCAGAACUGUAAAGGGGGAGGAGAGGAGAGACUGAAAGAGUAUUGUGGUUUCUGUCUAGAAGACUGGAUGGGCAUAUGGGAAGUGCCGGGCGAGGUGUUAGAGCCUUUGAGAUCAGAUCCUUGGAAUAAAGAACCCUC